ACAACUAAAGAAAAAAUUCUCAAAUCAUCCUUUUCAAGCUCAAAAUCAAAUUAAAAUGGGCAUUCGUCUACCAUCCAUGAUUCACAAUGUCAAGCAUAUAAUCAAAGGCAAAUCUCUUCACUGUAGAAAUCAGCCAGAUGUACCGAAAGGACAUGUGGCUAUAUAUGUUGGAGAAAUGCAAAGGAAGAGGUUUGUGGUACCAAUAUCAUACUUGAGCCAUCCUUCAUUUCAAGACUUGCUUAAUCGAGCCGAGGAAGAGUUUGGCUUCAAUCCUCCAAUGGGUUGUCUUACGAUUCCUUGCAGAGAAGAAGCCUUCAUUAAUCUUGCCUCUAGAUUGCAUGCCUCGUCAUGAAUUAAAAAACGAAGAAGAGAGCAUUAAUCUUUUACAAUUUUGUCUUUGCUUAUCUUCUGUAUUUAUUUUUCUAGUAGAAUAGUUGUAUUGAUUUAUGCAUAUAUAGAAGUAUUUAGUCUAUGCAUAAAUGAAAAUUAAGUUCCUAGUUA